ACUAAGAAAAAAAUCCAAAGGAGACAAGAGACCUCCCCAUCAUGUCUCUUCGGACUGUUGAAUGUCUGUCAUUUGUUCAGUGUUUCGAGGAGAAGACGAGCGGACCACAUUAACGUGUUGAAACGCCAUGUAUCGUUGGACAGCGGAGGCAAGUGGACUUUUCAAAUAGGUUUUCAUCUUUGAUAUGAUACCCGACGCUGUGAUACAUGCAUUGGCGUAUAAGGGGCCAUCCAUAUUUCUCAGCAUCUCAUUUUUUUCCCCUUCCAGAGCAGGAGUGAUAUAGCCUGCUCUGACGUCUGCAUCAGAUAUUACCCAGUGCUUUUUCAAUGUGCAUUUUCCCCUCAGUGACUUUGCGCUGAUCUACAUCAUCAUCAGCAGCAGCAACGGGGGAAAAAAAGAAGGGAAUGAAGAUUUCUUUUUUCUUUUUUUUAAACCCACCGCUCCCCUUCAGCCGACCAGCGUUUCCAGCUCAAACAAAUAUCUUUUAACAACAUCACGUUGUGGAAUAGUCUGGCGCCAGAGCAUCGCUGGAACCAUGCCUCUUCUGCAGAUUUGGACUGGGAAAUUUCAUCCACCAAUUUGAUCAUCAAGAGGCUGCCGCUCAGUCAUUAAUGCCAGUGUUUGUUUUUUUAAGGGGAAGAAUACUUGUCAUUACUUUUAAAAGUAUUGUGUAUGCUGUUUUUUGAGCAAGAUGUCUGAUCUUCUGGUGUUGGUCGAGGGGCUCUGUGACCUGCACGGAUUUCCAUAGCCGGGGAAAACAGCGGGGGCCAAUUACGAGAUUUCUUUUUUUUUUUUUUUUAAAUCAAGAAGCCUAUUUUAAUGAAGACAUCGCAUGCGUAGAUGUAGGCUAGUUUAUUCGACAUUUUUAAAAGGCAAUUAUUAUUUUUUUAAUUGCCAGUUUUUACUUUGUGCAUUUUCUGGAGGACCACUGGACUGGUUGGAUUAUAGAAACUAUAUAUAAGGAUUUGUGGAGAUGUUGGGUCGUCAAGAAGAUAAAUUAUGUGGAAUUUUCUCUGCUCUGGCGGCUUUGUCCUUCUUCUGCUUUGUUCAAAGCUCUUCCACUGGAAGCACCGGAAUGUCUGUGGCCAAGACCACCGUGGACAAGUUGCUGAAGGGAUAUGACAUCCGUUUAAGGCCUGAUUUUGGAGGUCCUCCAGUCAUCGUAGGAAUGAGCAUCAACAUAGCGAGCAUCGACUCCAUCUCAGAAGUAAACAUGGACUACACCAUCACUAUGUAUUUCCAGCAGAGCUGGCGAGAUAAGCGUUUGGCCUAUGGUGAGCUGAAGCUAAACCUGACUCUGGACAACCGUGUAGCAGACCAGCUUUGGCUCCCUGACACCUACUUCCUAAAUGACAAGAAGUCCUUUCUUCAUGGUGUGACAGUAAAAAACCGUAUGAUCCGACUGCACCCAGAUGGCACUGUCUUAUACGGGCUGAGAAUAACCACCACUGCUGCUUGCAUGAUGGACUUGAGGAGGUACCCUCUUGAUGAACAGAACUGCACCCUGGAAAUUGAAAGUUAUGGAUAUACCACAGAUGACAUCGUAUUCUUCUGGCAAGGAGGAGACAGCGCCGUGACGGGCGUUGACAAGUUGGAGUUACCUCAGUUUUCCAUUGUAGAACUCCGCUUGGUGUCCAGAGAGGUCAGGUUUACUACAGGUUCAUAUCCAAGGCUUUCGCUGAGUUUCAGGAUUAAGAGGAACAUUGGAUAUUUCAUCCUGCAAACAUACAUGCCCUCCAUCUUGAUCACCAUCCUCUCCUGGGUCUCCUUCUGGAUCAAUUAUGAUGCCUCUGCAGCUCGGGUGGCCCUGGGUGUGACAACGGUGCUUACCAUGACAACAAUUAACACCCACCUUAGGGAGACUCUCCCAAAGAUUCCGUAUGUGAAAGCCAUCGACGUCUACCUCAUGGGCUGUUUUGUGUUUGUGUUCCUGGCCCUGCUCGAAUAUGCCUUUGUAAAUUACGUGUUCUUUGGCCGGGGCCCUGCGCAACAGAAGAAAAUCAAUGAGAGGCUGAACAAAGCCAACAACGAGCGCACAAGAUACGAAGAGAAGCGCUUGAGGGAACAGGACUCCAUUUCCGUGCCGUUUCAAACCAACACCUUCAGGUCAUUUACACAGCGAAGAAAUCUGUAUCUCGAGGAACAAAGAAAAGUUGGGGUGGAUGCUUAUGGAAACAUCCUCCUCACCACACUGGAGAUGAACAACGAAGUGAUGCCUUCAGACCUGGGAAGCAGCGUCAGUGACUCUCGGAAUUCAGUCAUGUCCUUCGAUAGCUCCGGGGUCCAAUUCAGGAAGCCCAUGGCGCCCCGAGAUGGCUUCAGCCACCACUCGCUAGAUCGGAGUGCCAUGCGGAGCCGGGCCAACUGUCGGCUACGACGACGCUCCUCCAAGCUCAAGUUGAAGAUCCCAAACCUGUCAGAUGUUAGCACCAUUGACAAGUGGUCCCGGGUCAUUUUCCCUAUCACCUUUGGAUUUUUCAACCUAAUCUACUGGUUGUAUUAUGUGAAUUGAUGUGCAUCCCACUAGGAAUCAUGGGCCAUAUUUUGAGAGCACAUUGAAUUGGCUUUGAUACAGUUCCAAAAUAUGUAUACACAUAUACAAGUUGAACAUAUGUAUAUGCAUAUUUCUAUAUAUUAUAUUUAUAUAUACACGUGUGAAAUCUGAGGGACCUUUCUGCUGUACAAAGUAUUAAUAGGAUGACUUGAAUGUUUAAGAAUAAUCGUGAGAGAAGAAUUCCAAGGCUUUGAGUUUUUUUUUUCCUCCUGAAAGAAAGAAUAAAAGAAAGAAACAAACACACACAAGAUCCCACAUGGGGUUUUGGAACUAAAGACUGCAUGAUAUUUUUGCUAAAAAAAACAAAACAACAACAAGAAAAAAGAGAAAGUGAACGCUCUUGAGAGAGAAAAGAUGUCUCAGAGUCCCAUUGACUUUUUAUUGAUACUUAUUGUAAUCAAAAAUCCCGUCCUGCAGCUCAUAAAAUCAGUGGUGGCUCGUCUGUUCAGUCAUCAGCUGAGUGAGAUCCUUGACACCCCCACCCCCCCAGCCGACAACCCCCCCCCCAACCCAACCCACCCCCCUCCACGCCCAUGGAUAACAUUCACGGAAAUCUCCGGUUCUACUAUGUACAGCAACCUUGUUUGGAUUAUGUGUUGUUCCUUGGGUUUUUUGAAGUGAUAUCGUUCUCUUUAUCAGACAUCAGCUCUGGCCUAAUGGGUUCCAUUAAAGGGCCACGUGGAUGGGAUGACUGACGGCCGCAUUCCCGCCCAGAGUCAACGCAAACUUGUGUUCCUUUCUCUUCUCACGUUAUUUUAAGAAACAUGUCCUUGGGGGUGUGUGUGGGGGGGGGAGGGGGGUCUUUUUUCAUUAUGGUUGAAAACAAGUGCUGAUUAUUGUAGAUAUGAUUUUGUCUUGAAAAAUACUGUGAUUUCAGAGAGUGUUGGAACAUGUUCUAGAGCUAGGGCAUUAUGAGAUAAAAGAGUCAAAGGUAUGCAUUACUCAUUUUGAUUGUGUGAAAAAAAAAAACAUUCUAUACAUUUUAUCAUUCAGUAUUCUCAUGAAAGUAUACUUGUACUGUUUAUUUCCUCCUAUUGAUUGAUUCUCAUGCUCUUUAGAUGCUGAGUUCAUUGACGUCAUAUCCUGCUUUGUGUUUGCUAUAAGGUAAAGGGAGGAUUGCUUUUGUGAUUCGUUUGAAUUUAUUCCACAGCAAUGAUGUACUGACAUGUAUAUUCAAAAGAGUCAACAUAUCAGCCCGCAGUUUGACCAGUUGUCAUUCAGUAUACAGUAUUUCUUUGUUUGUUUGUUGAGCAUUUGUGUUGGAGUCACAGUUUUUGAAGGCAAGAUUAUUUGAUUGGGAUAGUAAUGGGCAGCCCAGGCAGAAGACGUGAGAAGGAUUCAACAUUUCACACUCGAAACUCAAUCAGUGCCACACAAAUGCUCCGAACCCUGAGGAUCAGAAACAUCAGCCUAAUCAGGAAUGAUGCAGUGAUUCUUGGGGAGAAAAUGUGUGAUAAAUAGCCAUGAAUUGAAAUAACGACCAAAAGGCCUAUAAUCCAUACGCAUUAUUGUUUUGUUCGCUCUCAAACACACACACACAAACACACACACACACACACUGCAUUUCCAGUGCUCAGGUUCAUUUUGCAAAGGGUGAAAAAGUACUGUAGGAGUUAAAAUGAAGUCAGAACAUUAGAUGACUGAGGCAGAUGCACAGUGGACAUUGUAGGGCAAAAAAACACAUUUUAAAAAAACCCUCCCAUGCCUGUUUAGCUUCAGCUGAAGUGCAGAUCAGCAUUUUCCUCAGUAUCAUCUUCACUUCAGGCACAAACAGGCUCAAUUGGGAGUGAAAACCUACACAACCAAAUCUACCAUUGGGCUCUGUGGCAAGAAAAAAAAGUGAUUGGCUCAUUAGAAUACACAGCACAGGGUGAUCCCUGAGAAAUUCAAAUAUGGAAGAAAAGGAAAUGUACAUAUACAGUACACAAACAAGAGGAGAUAGAAGGGCUGCAGAGUGAUCAAUUUAUCAUCAGAAAUACCCACUCCCCUCCGGAGCGCAGGGUGUAGUAGUAUGCAUAAGAUGUCUCCGAAAAGGAAUACUGAUCAGAAACCAAUUUGUUCCCGUAAGUCAGAGUGAAGUUUGUACAGUGAUGUGGCCCGAGCUGUGAUCCGAGUUUAGUAUUUAUUUUUGUUUAAAUUUAUGCAUAGUUGUCAUUGUACUGUAGAUGCAAAAGGGAAAAAAAAGAAAGAAAAAAAAAGAUCCCCUUUUAAAUAUCCAGUAACCCAUGAAAGUAUACAGCAAGGUGGGAUGAGAAGACAUACUGAGCUGAGUGUUGUUUCUGUCUGCAGCCGAACAAUCUGUUGUUUGUCUCUCAGUCAACUGUGAGGUUCAAAGGAUUACACGACCGAAUCAUAGUGAUAAGUCUUAUAUGUGAAGAAAGUAAAUUUGUUGUUAUUUAUGAGAAAGUGUGCCACAGUUAACUAAGUGAUCAGUUUCUAUUGUGUUAUAUAGAAAAUACAUAUUCAGUAUUAUAGGUGACUAGUAAGAGUAAGGCUGCAAUCACACCAAAUCAGACAUUGCGGCGAAAGCGGCAGUCCUCACAUUGAUUUGAAUGUGGGUAGUGCAUUUAGGCUGCGGCGGUGGGGACCGCAGGGGAUGCUGGAAAAAACAACAACACAGCAGCCGUGGGGGCAAAAAGUUGAAAAAUAAUCCGAUUUUGGAGAAAUGCAUCCCUGCGUCACACUGCGGUGGCCAGUAACGUAACCUACCGGCAAUCAGACAAAACAAAAUGGGGUGGGAAACACAAUGGAGAAACAAAUGGGCCAUUUCAGUGACACUCCCACACUACCGCACAACCCUGUGCAUAUUGCCGCAAUGCCUGAUUCAGUGUGAAUGCAGCCUAAAGGCUGAAAUGGUGGCAUAUGUGCACAAAUUCUUUAAAAAUUGCCAAAUGGAAGUGAGUCAAGAUUGAAAUGCAAUGAUCUUGAAUACAGUAGCAUCAGUUGUUUGAACAUGGGCGUAUGUUAUGCUAGUAGCGGCUAAUGUAGCCUCGGGGCGCUAGCCUCAAGCAAAGACAAGGAGAGGUCUGGUAAGCUCACUUCUUUCUAACUCCACACCCCCAGAUUUAUUUCAUCUUCAAACUUGUAGUCUUCAGACCCAACUGACGCUGACUCAAGUGACAUCACUUGAGGAAUUUUAUCAGACUAAAAGGCUUUAUACUACUUUUUCCACAUUAUGCAGUAGUUCUCCCCAAGAACUGUAAGCAUACUUUGGUAUGUGAAAUGGGUGGAGUUCCCCUUUAACUAACAAUCCCUGAGAUAUGCAUGCUGCAAUUCUAACUUCUCAUUUGAUACGCUGCAAUGAAGUCAUUACUAGAUAUGAUUCUCUUUUUUCCUAUUUGUUUUCGCAAUAAGAUAGAGAGCAGAUCUUGAUUGUUUUCUCCAGUAUAUAUUACUCCAUGGUUGGUACAAUGGUAUAUGAUGUUUGAUGUGGAUAGAAAGUCAGGGGUAUUCAGCACUUUUGAUGUGCACAUUCACACAUGUUUCAGGUAACCUUUUUCUUUAGAAUAAAAAUAAAAGAAGGUGGUAAUAGUUAGUGGAUAAUACCCUUUACAAUUUCUUUUUUGUUGUUGCAUCAUUUCAUCCUGGUCUGCACACCAACAGCUUGUCAAACUGUCCAAAGGCAAUAUGAUGGAUCUUUACUAAAAGUAGAGUCUGAGUGUGAGGCCAGAGGAAACUAUUUGUUCCAGUGCAAGACAAGCACAUAUUGUUUGUAAAAAUAUAGGACUUAAAGCAACCAUAAGUGUUAACUUUUAACUAAAACAAUGGAACAUGUUUGACCAGAAAGAAGCCUAAUCCAUCUACUCUGUGGUUUCAACUUGCACAUUUUGUAAUGCAAACCAAAACAAGUAUCAAAUUUUCAUUCAGGUCUGUUUAUUCCCAGAAAUGAAUAUAAACAUGCCUAUUCAGGUAUUAACUCUUUUUUUUUUUAUAUAGUUGAUGCAUAUCUUUAAUGAACUCCAAACACAUACAAAGGAGAAACAUUAGCAGCCCUUGCAUGCUCGCAAAAUAUACUCACCACUCAUUUCACUCAGAACAUGUAUUACCUGCUUUCUGGAAAUGAAAUCAGCACAUUCAUCCCAAAAGCUGUGAGGAUCUUCUGUUAUAUGCUUUUACUUUAGGAUAUUUGCUUAUACUAGAGAGAAGAUAGAUUUCUUUUGACACAUAUGUUCAAGGAGUAGAGGAGGAGAAAAAAAAGUGUUGAACUGAUUUCAAUGUGAAUUUUCUUGCCUCUAGUGUAUAUGUGUAAUUACAUGUGAAUUGUACUGUAAAUAUGAUAUCUUUCACUUAAUAGUUCUUAAUGCAUGAACAAAAACAUGGCAGUUCGUAAUACCAGCUAGCCUCACUGCUAAUGGCAUGGACAGCUUCUCUAGCAUUGGCAUACUUCUGCAAACGAAACCUAAAAAAUGAAACACAAGAAAUACACGGUGUGAACAAAAUAAUGGAGAAAUCAAUGCAAAGUCCUCUCUCACAGUGACGGAGUUUCUGGUGGCUCUGAGCUUGUAUUGGUUCACCUGCUCCCUAGAGAACAAGGCUAAUGCUAAUGCUGCUGAAAUUACAGUAUGCCUUGGUUCACUGUCAGCAAAUAGGAUGGUGCCAUAUUGAAUGAAAUUCUCUCUCCCAUUUACCGUACCCAGUUUAGGAUUUGCUGCAGCUUUCAGCACAGUAGGCCUAUACCUGCAGCAUUUACCUCAGCCAACAACAAAUGACUGAGUCCUCCAGGAAUCUACAAAAAAAAUAUUAUGGGCAUGACCGGCUAGCUGGCUUAUAGAGGCUAGAGGAGCAGGAUAGCCUUAAGAAGGCGAGUGGGAUGUUCUUUCCUGUUCCUCAAUAAGACAGUCAUGUGUGCCCUUGAGCAAGGCACUUGGCCAAUUGCCCUAAUGCAGCUGCUCACUUGCUAACAAUAGAAGUCUAUGUUUAUGCGGUCUAGCUUCCGGAAGUAAAUAUGUUUAGCUAUGGGAAAUUGUCCCCUGGAUAAAUGCAAAGAUAAAAAAAAAAAAAAAAAAAAAAAAAAA